GGAAAUUUAUCGGAUCUAGAUAUACGAGACCUCGACCGUCUAGUCAGUAAAGCGAACCAGGUGGUUGAAAUUUUUGAGAGAGCUAAGCGACGAAUAUCGGGAUCAAGUGGUCCAAGCACGCCGCAGCCAUCCAUCAGUAUGAACGGAGACUAUAUAGAUCCUACUCGAUCAAAAACCGAGACCAUGGAAGAGCUGGCGGAAAUUUCGCAACAGCGACGAGCCAUCGCCAUGGCAGGAGCGCGCUCUAAACCCGAUCUGGGCACGUCGUCCAUCUCGAUGUUUCGAUAUGCAGACAACUCGAAAAAGAAACCUCGUGCUGGCACAGAAAAGCUAAGGUGUCACUCUUGUCAUAGUACGGAAACUCCGGAAUGGCGAAAGGGCCCUAUGGGACCACGUACGUUGUGCAACGCCUGCGGUUUGAUCUGGGCAAAACUUGCACGAAAAAAAGGCCAAUCAGGCGAUCGAAUUAAGUUGCCUAGAGAAGAUAGUCCACAAAACCAUGUGUCAGCAUCCGGCACUGCGUUUACAUUCAAUUUUUCUGCUGAUCCCACAACACACCAAUUACCAAGUACAGUGGAUUCAAGUAGUAAUAGUAGUUCCUCGGACCCCUAUUAUUUCUUAUCGGACUCGCAAGUCGAGACCAACACUCGUCGUCAAGAUACCCACAACAGCCGAACUGACGACUCUAGAGGCGAUAAGUUUAAGCUAUCUUUUCUCUUGGAUUGAUGAAGUCACUGAGCAAAUCGCAUCUCAAUACCCAUCCAAAAACUCU